GUUCUUGAUUCUCGAAGGUUGUGUACAAAAUGGCCCUCUCAAGCACAGACGAAGACUUUUUGGAAGCUUUUCAACAAAUCGACAAAAACGGCGAUGGAUACAUCGAUUUGAAGGAAUUGCGGGACGCUUUGGAUGCCUGCGGGUUCAAAAUCCCGGGCUUCAAGGCCCGGGCGAUGGAGGAAGAGUUCAACAACUCGAACCGGGCCCGAAUCCCGGGCAAAAUGACCUUAGAAGAGUUCCAGAAGUUGUGCAGCGACUUGAAAGCGAACGAAGUGGCGAGUACCUUCAAAAUGGCCGUCACAAAACGCGAGAAUUUGCAACAUUUGGGCGGAACCUCGGAGGCUUCGAACGAAGGGACCACGCAUUCGGUGCGAGUGGAGGAACAGUUGGCCUUCUCGGACUGGAUCAACUCAAAUCUGAGACACGAUCCCGACUUGAAGGACCUCCUCCCGAUUGAUCCCGAGGGAAAAUCGCUCUACGAUAAAGUCAAAAGCGGGAUUCUCCUAUGCAAAAUCAUCAACCAUUCGUGUCCCGACACGAUAGACGAACGAGCAAUUAACAAGAAAAACCUAACUUUAUACACCAAAUUAGAGAACUUGACUCUAGCCUUAUCGUCAGCACAAGCAAUCGGUUGCAAUGUUAUCAAUAUCGACGCACAUAACUUAUCAAAAGGGACGCCACAUCUCGUCUUAGGGCUGCUCUGGCAAAUCAUUAGAAUCGGACUUUUUAACCAAAUCACUCUGGAGCAUUGUCCAGGCCUUACAACACUCUUAUCAGAAGAUGAGAAAAUUGAGGAUCUUAUGAAACUAUCACCAGAAGCUAUUCUGCUAAGAUGGGUCAAUUAUCACCUCGAGCGGGCCGGCGUAUCGCGACGUAUCAACAACUUCCAAAGUGAUAUCACCGAUUCGGAAGUCUACACGCACUUGCUGAAGCAAAUCGCGCCUCUGGAAGCCGACGUUAACACAAACGCACUUAUGGAGAGGGACUUGCACGAGCGCGCGGAGGUGAUGCUGCAGCAGGCGGCGAAGCUGAAGUGCCGCGCGUUUGUGACGCCCCAGGACGUGGUGAACGGCGUUUACAAGCUGAACUUGGCUUUCGUCGCGAAUUUGUUCAACAACCACCCGGGUCUGAACGAAACCAACGGGGUUUUGGAGGGUUACGAGACGGUUGAAGAGACUCGCGAAGAGCGAACUUACCGCAACUGGAUCAACUCCAUGGGCGUCAGCCCCCACGUAAACUGGCUGUACUCCGACCUUGCCGACGGUCUUGUAGUCUUCCAACUGUACGAUAUUAUCAAACCAAACAUUGUCAAUUGGAAUAAGGUCCACCGGAAGUUCACAAAUCCGCGGAAGAAGUUUAUGGAGAAGUUGGAGAAUUGCAACUAUGCUAUCGAGCUGGGGCGGGAGAUUAAGUUUUCGUUGGUGGGGAUUGCGGGGCAAGAUAUCAACGAAGGGAAUGUGACUUUGACGUUGGCUCUGAUCUGGCAGUUGAUGCGCGCUUACACUUUGACGGUUUUGUCGCAAUUGGCCGAGUCGGGGAACCCCAUUGUGGAGAAGGAGAUCGUGCAAUGGGUCAAUAAUAAGCUGAAUUCUGCGGGGAAAAAUUCCUCAAUCCGGAGCUUCCAAGAUUCGACAAUAGCCGAUGCUAAGGUGGUCAUCGAUCUAAUCGAUGCUAUCAAACCUGGAGCUAUUAACUACGAUUUAGUCAAGACUGGAGGUACUGAAGAAGAUAAUCUUGCAAAUGCUAAAUAUGCGAUUUCGAUGUCGCGCAAAGCCGGUGCUAGGGUGUAUGCACUUCCGGAAGAUAUUGCUGAGGUUAAACCGAAGAUGGUGAUGACAGUAUUCGCUUGUUUGAUGGCUUUAGAUUAUACGCCCAAUAUGGACUCUCGCCGACAGUAGGCAAACCAGGGUUAGGGGUUUUCUUGUAUUGGGUUUUUUCACGAAGUUGUCACUCUCAUAUCAUACUUAUUUUGCUUAGUCUGUGAUCACCAGCAUUCCAAUAUUCAAGACCAAUGUAUAUAACUUAAUUUAAGUGAAACCUUUGAGGUUUGCGUGCAAUAAAAUUUAUUUUGGGCUGUAACAAUGACGACGUAUUUUCCAAAAUUGAUCAUUCCCAUUACAAGUUGUGUAUAUUUGAUACAUUCCUUCUAUUUAUUUAUGUUGGGGAGUGAAGUGCCAUUUUACUUUUAGUAAAACAUAUUACAUACUAUUCCAACCGUAAUUAAGUCUAGACUAUGUCAACUUUCUAAUUUUAUAAGAUAUUGUAUUUACUACAAAAUCUGGAUUAAGUGGCGCACAAUUGUAAAAUGGACCAUAACUUAACAUUCUGUCCGCUUCUAGCAGGAGUGAAAUUUAUUAUUGUAGUACGUAAGAAUGGACCUCUUCUUCCAUUUUUCAACCCAAAUCCAGUUACAGUUACCAUUUCUUCCUGUUGCGAUUUUUACAAUCGUCGCACUUGAUCCAUAACAGUACUAAUAAAAAAAUUAAUUAAU